GACCCCUGCCGCCUGGGUCUCACCUCGCCAUGAUUCGUUUGCCAGUGCAGUGCGUCCUCUGGGGCUGCUUGCUGACCACCGUCCAUCCAGAACCACCCACUGCAUGCAGAGAAAAUCAGUACCUAAUAAACAGCCAGUGCUGUUCUUUGUGCCCGCCAGGAAAGAAACUGGUGGAGGACUGCACAGAGGUCACAGACACAAAAUGCAGCAAUUGCAGUAAAGGCGAAUUUCUAGGCACCUGGAACAGAGAAACAUACUGCUACCAGCACAAACACUGUGACCACAACCAAGGGCUCCGGGUCCUGGAAAACGGUGACUCAACAACAGACACUGUCUGCAUCUGUGAAAAGGGCCGAUACUGCACUGAUGAGGCCUGCGAGAGCUGCAACCCGCACAGGCCAUGUGAUCCUGGCCUUGGGGUCAAGCAGAUUGGUACAAACAUUUCUGACACCAUCUGCGAACCCUGCCCACUUGGCUUCUUCUCCAGUGUCUCAUCUCCUUCUGAGAAGUGUCGCCGUUGGACGAGGUGUGAGAUGGAAGGACAGAUAGAGAGAGAAGCAGGAACGGACAAGACUGAUGUUGUCUGUGAUUCCCAGGGGCGGCCCAGAAUCCACAUGGUGGUCUUCAUCACGAUAGGGAUCCUGUGUGCCAUCAUCUUCUUUGGGAUUAUCUACUUCAGAAAGGUGGUCAAGAAGCCAAAGUAUAAGGUUGCUCAGUCAGAGGAUGAGAGAAAGGAACCUCAGGAAUCAGUUUUUGUAGAAGAUCCUCUUGGAUUAGAUCCUGCUGCUCCAGUACAAGAAACCAUGCAUGGGUGCCAGCCGGUCACCCAGGAGGAUGGGAAAGAAAGCCGCAUCUCAGUGCAGGAGAGACAGUGAGCUGCGAGUGUGCAGGAGCCUGGCGGCGUGGGCACCUGGCCAGAGAGCCUGGGACUGCUGUGGUGAGAGCCAGGGGCUAGCACUGACUGGACACAGGCCUCCUCUGCUUGCACCCCUGUGGCCAA